UUUCAGCAGAUGAGCUUGAACCUCAAGAGGGCUGUGCACAAUGAGGAAGGAAACGUGGGUGGAAAGGCACCUUGGCCUGCUCUGCUGGCUGGGCCAGGAACUGGGGGUGGGGCUGGGGCAGGGGCAGGGCCCGCUAAGCCACCAGUGACUGGGGGAGGAGCUGCGGAACUGGGUGGCAGACACAGGCUGAGGCUCGGCACGGGAGCAUGGCAGCCAACGUCUCAGAUGCCAAGUCCUGCCCUGCCAACUUCUCGGCAGCUGCCGACCACAUCCUCAGUGGGUUCCAGGAAGACUUCCUGUGGCCCAUACUGCUGGUUCAGUUCCUGGUGGCCUUGGCCAGCAAUGGCCUGGCCUUGUACCGCUUCAGCACCCGGGAGCAGCGCCCGUGGUACCCCGCCGUGGUCCUCUCAGUCCAGCUGGCAGUCAGUGACCUGCUCUGUGCCCUGACGCUGCCCCCGCUGGCCGCCUACCUCUAUCCCCCCAAGCACUGGCGCUAUGGGGAGGCCGCAUGCCACCUGGAGCGCUUCCUCUUCACCUGCAACCUGCUGGGCAGCGUCAUCUUCAUCACCUGCAUCAGCCUCAACCGCUACCUGGGCAUCGUGCACCCCUUCUUCACCCGCAGCCACCUGCGGCCCAAGCAUGCCUGGGCCGUGAGCGCCGCCGGCUGGGUCCUGGCCGCCCUGCUGGCCAUGCCCACACUCAGCUUCUCCCACCUGAAGAGGCCACAGCAGGGGGUGGGCAACUGCAGCGUGGCCAGGCCCGAGGCCUGCAUCAAGUGUCUGGGGACAGCAGGUCACAGGCUGGAGGCCUACAGAGCAUACAGCCUGGUGCUGGCGGGGCUGGGCUGCGGCCUGCCGCUGCUGCUCACGCUGGCAGCCUAUGGCGCCCUCGGGCGGGCUGUGCUACGCAGCCCGAGCAUGACUGUCGCCGAGAAGCUGCGCGUGGCGGCGCUGGUGGCCAGUGGCGUGGCCCUCUACGCCAGCUCCUACGUGCCCUACCAUGUCAUGCACGUGCUCAACGUGGAUGCUCGGCGGCGCUGGAGCACCCGCUGCCCGAGCUUUGCAGACGUGGCCCAGGCCACAGCAGCCCUGGAGCUGGGACCCUACGUGGGCUACCAGGUGAUGCGGGGCCUCAUGCCCCUGGCCUUCUGUGUCCACCCGCUGCUCUAUAUGGCCGCGGUGCCCAGCCUGGGUUGCUGCUGCCGACACUGCCCUGGCUACAAGGACAGCUGGAACCCAGAGGAUGCCAAGAACACUGGCCAAGCCCUGCCCCUCAAUGCCACAGCUGCCUCUAAACCGUCGGAGCCCCAGUCCCAUGAGCUGAGCCCGUGACGUAGCCUAGCUGAAGCCGCCGCCUCACCCCAGGUGUUGCUGGAGAACCCUGAGGACAGGACCCCAGCCCCAACAUGCCCCUUCCCCCAAAAAGCAACUCCUGUGGUUGUAGCCAGGUCAGGCCCAGCUGCAGCCCAGGCAGGAGCAGUUGCCUUUCCCACCCAACAGCGCUGGCCACAGGGCUCCCUGCGCGUCAGGGACCAAACCAUGCCCAGGGGAGGGGAGGCGCUGGCCCCCGCCACAGGACUGGAGACACGAGAACAAACAGGCCCGGGUAGAGAGUGUGGAGCUUUUUUAUUGCCCUUGGAGCCCGCUCUCUCAGAGGCUGCCUUCUGUCGCCGAGGGUCCUGGGCCGAGCACGCGGUGGCAGCUGGCUUAGUUGGUGGACGGCCUGGGGUAGGGGAGGGUGGCAGGGUAUGAGACCUCCAGGGGCGCCCCAAGACCCCAGACACCCAAAUGGUGCCUUGCGGCGGGCUAGGGGCAGAGAAGGACGGGGUAAUGGGAGGACAAAGUGGGCACCGAGCCAGAUGGCCAGCCUCAAGGCCUGGCCCACGGACUGGCAGGGACGCCAGGCACAAGAGCUGCCACCCCUCUGCCCCUCUGCCAGGUUUUGGGAAAAAACAAUAAAGGACUGUCCCCUCAAAACCAGCUGGGGGACUGUUAAA